AUGAAAACACUCACAGGAACGCAACUGUCGGCGCUUGCCGGCGACUACUUCGCCCCAGAAGGGCUAUACCAGUACACCAAGUCCCUGCCCUUUCUCGGAAGUCUCCAAUGCAACACGGCGACUCUGACGGCAGGCCAAUGGACUGAGCUCAUUGUCACCUAUACCGUCGGCGCGAGCGGCCUGGCUGACGGCGCUUGGGUCAAAGGCACAUUCAAGUUCUACUCGGAUUGGGCGUUGUUACAGACCUCCGACCCGCGGCAGGACAAUUACGUCUCGGCCGAGUAUACCGCCGGACCGCUAGUGCCUGGCCAGACACCCGCGACUGUUCAAGGUCUCGCGGUGCGCUUUGACCAGAAGGACCGUGAGAGGCCGUUCCAAAAAGCCAUCAUCGUGGACGUUGUGGAUGGCUACUUGAACCCGGGAGACAAGAUCACGGUGCGGGUUGGUGACCGUCGAUGGGGGGCUCGGGGGACCCGUGUGCAGACGUUUGUUGAAGAUGCGUUUCGCAUGCGGUGGUACAUCGAUCCCGUGGGCACAUCUCGCUUUGCCCCGAUCAAGCCGGAUAUCGAGAUCCCAGUUGUGCCUGGACAGGCAGUGCAGGUGAAGGCUGUGCAUCCACGGGUGGUGCGGCCCGGCGUGGAGUUCCCUGUCAAUGUACAUCUAGAGGAUGUGUGGGGAAACACCACGAUGGAUAAGCAAGGACUUGUUGCGCGGUGCGAGAUCCGCGAGGGUACAUUCUCAUGGCAGAAGGACGUCGAGUUUGCUGCCGAAGGCUGGACUGUCGGCAGUCUGCACACCACACUGCCCGGCGAUGGAGAUUAUACCCUGAGUAUAUCAGUCCAUAGAACCGCGCCGGGAGACUCCUUGCCCGCAAGUGGUAGCGAGCCUCUGCUGCCCACGAUCACAGAACAACUCUCAGUAUCGUCCACACUGCCUAUCCCUCGCCCUCUGUUUGCGGACCUGCACGUUCACUCUGACGACACAGUCGGCACAAACUCGACAACCUACAACUUCUCCUACGCGCAGCUUAUCGCAGGUCUUGACGUGGUGGGAUACACGGCCAACGACUUCAACGUGACAGAGUCUGCAUGGGCAUCCACUCUUGCCAUAAUCCGAGAACUCAAUGUCCGGGAGAAGGGCAAGCUCGUGAUCUUUCCCGGUACAGAAUGGUGCGGCAACUCUGCAGUGGGGGGAGACCAUAACGUCGUCUUUCUCGGCGGCCCCUCUGAUCCCGCCAAGGACGACGGAGCAGCCGAAGACGGAUAUGAUGCCAUUGAGUUCCCCCACGACAAGCACGGCAACGUGGCACGGUCCUUCGAGUGGAACGAGCACGGCCCCGCGGAGCUGGCGCCAGGCGCCUGGCCACUGGACGAGGUCUAUGCGACAUACGCGCACGAUGCCGAGCGCCACCUGCUGAUCCCGCAUGUCGGAGGCCGCAGGUGCAAUCUGGCCUGGCACCACCCGAAGCUGGAACGGCUGCUUGAGAUUGGUAGUGCUUGGGGCCUUUUCGAGUGGCUACUGCGCGAUUCCGUGCAGAGAGGCUGGCGGUUGGGCGUGUCGGCCAACUCGGAUGAGCAUCGCGGCCGAUGUGGUGGGGGUGUUCCUGGCACCGCGGUGUUCGGAACCAAGGGUGGGCUUACGGGCGUGCUGGCGGACGAACUGGAGCGAGGCGCCGUGGCGCAAGCGUUGAGGGCAAGGCGGACUUUCGCCACGACGGGGGAGAGGUUGGUUGGUAUCAUCACAGCUCGCGCCGGGGAGAAUGGGAAUUCGGCGUUGCAAGGCGACGAGCUGCAGGUCCAGCGCGGUCAAGAUAUCACAUUCGACUAUCACUUCUACGGCAACCAAGGAUUUGAGUCAAUCGAGGCAUGGGACGACAGUGGUAUCAUCUUCAAGCGGAACUUACAGCAAGAGACGGCGCAGUCCCAAUCCACCGGCACGGCGGCUCAGAAGAAGGUGCGCAUCAAGUGGGGAGGAGCUCGGUUGUACGACCGCUACCGCGAGGCUGUCUGGCACGGAUCGAUCAUCAUCGGAGGCAAGAAGGGCUCCCACCUUCCCAUUGAACGCAUUCAGCCAUUCGGCGGCGUCUCGUAUAGCCCCGAAGAGGUCGUCAAGCGGGUUUCCGACACCCAAGUCACCUUCCGAACUCGAACCAGCGGCGACUUUGACGGUGUCGAUAUCUACUUCUCUUCGUCGUCCCCAGUGGAUCUACCGCUGGGCGUCAGUGUCACGGGCCAUCUCGACGGCUACGUCAAGGUCGGCAACGUGCUUGCAGGCAACCCGCACAAGGCGCAGCCGCGAUUCGAAUUAGUGGCCUUGCAUGAUGAGUUGCUGGCUGGCAGCAGCAAAAGAAUCGAGCUUGCUGGCGGUGCAGACCUUUUCGUCUCGGCGGAAGUUAUUCAAGAUGUAAACCUACCCACGCGGGUUGAAGGCACAUUCGCACUACCAGUGAGAACUGAGAAGGCAAGUGACGAAACGAAGACUGAGACCAGGGCUGUGUACUUUGUGGCGAGAGAGUGGAAUGGAGGCAAAGUCAUCACCAGCCCAGUCUUCGUAGACUAUGUCUAG